GGUCCGACCAACUUCCGUUUCCGCCUUCGUGUCCGGUGAGGGCGGGCGGCCGCGGCGGGGCGAGGUGAGGGGAGCAGGGCCGCCGCGGCUGUCCUUGGGCCGCGCCGCACCGCCGCCAUGGAGACGCUGUACCGCCUGCCUUUCGCCGUGCUCGAGUGCCCCAACAUCAAGCUGAAGCGGCCGAGCUGGGUGCACAUGCCCUCGGCCAUGACGGUGUACGCGCUGGUGGUGGUGUCUUACUUCCUCAUCACCGGAGGUAUUAUCUACGACGUGAUCGUGGAACCUCCCAGCGUGGGGUCGAUGACAGACGAGCACGGGCAUCAGAGGCCGGUGGCCUUCUUGGCCUACAGAGUAAAUGGGCAAUAUAUUAUGGAAGGGCUUGCAUCCAGCUUCCUCUUCACCAUGGGUGGCUUAGGAUUCAUAAUUCUGGAUCGAUCCAACGCACCAAAUAUUCCCAAGCUGAAUAGGUUUCUUUUGCUCUUUAUUGGAUUUGUCAGCGUGCUUUUGAGCUUCUUCAUGGCCAGAGUUUUCAUGAGGAUGAAAUUACCGGGCUACUUGAUGGGUUAGAACCUCUUGUGACGUAUGAAAGCCCGAGGUGAAUUUAUUCCUCUUCAUGAAGUGUUGAAGAAGAAGCAGCAAGAAACAAAUCCCAUAGAUACCAUCAAUAGGAGACCUGGUCAUGAGAACCAACUGGGGAAAGAAUGCUUUCUCUGCAAACGAACUGUCAUUACCAAUGGCUGAUUUGGAGUUUUGAAGCAAUGCUUUAUCAUUUCUGCUUUAGGGCUUUUGAAAAGAGCAAGUCACCCAGCUGGGUUUUUCUUCUAUAUCCCAACUCAGUAUGAAAUAGAGAACCUAUCUUCAGCUCUACCUGAAAUGAGUAUUAGCCAUUGGCUUGACAGUUCUUUGUUGCAGGUCUGUCUCCUCUUCCCUGUGUGGAAUGUUUGUGUGUGCGAAUUGGAGAAGAAACACCUGAAAUGUUUCUUUCUGGGCCAUAAGUAGAAAAUUAGUAACUUUAGAUGCUGUACAGUCAAAAUACGACGUGUCUCAAAUUUAUUUCAAAGGCACCUUUUGCCUUGAUAUUAAUGGCUCUAUGUGAGCAAAACCAGACAUGCACUGGGAAAGGCGAACUGUAUGAAUGUGCAUUUCUUUUUGAAAAAGUGUACGAAAGGAGCCAAAUAAAAAUUAUUUUCUACAAAAUUA